AUGUGCCCACGAAAAUGCAGCUGUGACUUGGCAAGAAGGGUACAAUGCUACCAAGUUGGAGAAAUUCCUAGAGGGAUUGCAUCUACUUCCAGAAGAAUUCAUAUCAGCCACAGCAAAAUAAAACGGCUCCAGGUCACUGAUUUCCAAACAAUGUCUUCCCUUGAAGAAUUUGUCUUGACUUGCAGUGGGACAGAAUCAGUGGAAACUAACACUUUCAAAACUUUGGAUACUUUAAGAAUCCUGGAACUGUGGAAAAACAAGCUGAGGAACAUACCGUCCCCACUCCCAGCAAACCUUGAAGUGCUGAAACUUGGCGAUAAUUUAAUAAGUGUUUUACACGAAUCUGACUUUGAAGGUUCAAAGAACUUAAGGGUCCUUGAUAUACAAAGCAAUUUGAUUGCAGUUCUUUCUUUUAUUACUUUUUCCUCUCUCAAAAGUUUACAGAGUUUGACUUUGGAUGGGAACAAUAUGGAAUCUGUGACUGGACCAAUCCAUCUCCCCAACUUAAAGUAUCUGAGCAUGGAAAAUAAUAAGUUGCAAUCUUUCUCUGGAAGUUUUUUCACAUCUCUUCAAAAUUUAUUGUUUCUCAAUUUAAAUGGUAAUUUACUGACUGACACCCCCCCAGAAUUACCCAGAUCUUUACUGUCACUGAAGUUAGAGAGAAAUCAACUCAAAAUGCUGAGAUCUGGAGAUGUGAAACAACUGGCAAAUUUAUCACAGCUUUUCUUAUCUGAAAACCAGCUUUCAUCAGUUGAUGGUGUACAACAUCUUUCCAGUUUAACAAGGUUGGAGUUAGCUGGGAAUAAACUCCAAACAAUACCAGUCAGGCUGCCAAUCACUUUGCAGAAAAUCGAUUGCAGUAAUAAUCUGAUUGGGAAAAUUCAAGCACAAGAAUUCCAUAAUCUUCAAGACCUCAAGCAUUUGUUCCUUGACAACAAUAUUGUUACCACAUUUGAAGAUGGGGCACUUCUAAAAUGCACAGUAUUGUCUAAUCUAGCACUUGAACAAAACUUGCUUCAUUCUAUUCCACUACGCCUUCCACAAACACUAGCCAGAUUGGAUUUGAAAGGAAACAGCAUAGAAAGAAUUAAGGAGCAGGAACUGUCCCAGCUUCAGCAUCUACAGGUUUUGAAUCUGCGAAACAACAAAUUAUCCACCCUAGAUGACAGUUUUGUGAAACAUUUGCCUCGUCUCCGAUACUUGUAUCUGGAUGGUAACCCCUGGAAUUGCACUUGUGAGCUCCUCAAAACCAGAAGGCUGCUUCUGACUCAAGGAACAGACGUCAAAGGGGGACGUUGUACAUCACCAAUGGAAAGCCAGGGUGAAAGCUGGAUGUCUUCCAAAAGGAUCCUGCAUUUGUGUGCACCCAGCAAUCUUCCUUCAUUUGAAGAGGGGAAAGAAACUGGAAAGGAAAGAAAUAUUGAAGAGCCCUCCAGUCUCAGAGAAAACAUGGAUGACUAUUAUGACUAUGAGACGGAUUAAGUUUACCCCCAAAUCUAAGAUUAGCUCACUUCUCUCUCAGGCCAUCAGUGAGACUUUUCUCAAAUCCUGUGCAAUAAGGUGCCUCUGAACAUUAGUUCAACAGUUAAGUCCCUUUUGCUCUGUUCACUUAUUUAGGAUGGGGCAAUUCCAGUGUUGUAUCAACAUCACAGAGAUAGCAUUAAAAUACAGACUCUCCCACAGUUAGCUGGAACUGGCUAUAUCAGAAUUAAUGUUGAAGUCUUUAGGAUUAUAUGUUGUUGUUUUUUGUGGCUUUUUCUUUCUGCAAUUGUUAGUUCUUUUGAAAAUUGUAUUAAUAGCUUUAGAUAAAUACAUAAAUAGUGGCUGAGCAUGUGUAUAGCUGUAGUCCUUUUGUAAACAAUUACAUGUUAGGUGUCGCCAAUACAAAUAUGUAAAAAUUAGGAGCACUCAAAUAAACUUUCCUAAAGUUU